AACAAGGUGGGUCAUUUCCUUGGCCAACUCAAACAAAUCUCAAAGUCAUCUCUACUUUUUGAAUUUCUCGGCUCAAGUUUGAAAGUCCGGGUGAAUAAAUAAUAUUUGAGCGAGAGAGAGUUUUGAGGCUUGAAGAAUGGCGGCGGCGCCUAGUAGCAGGCUUCAGAAAAUGCUGCAGGCAGCGGUGCAAUCAGUUCAAUGGACGUACAGUCUUUUCUGGCAAAUUUGUCCUCAACAAGGGAUCUUAAUAUGGUCAGACGGAUACUACAAUGGAACAAUCAAAACAAGAAAGACAGUGCAACCUAUGGAGGUUGCCACGGAGGAAGCAUCUUUACAAAGAAGCCAACAGCUUAGACAGCUCUACGAGUCAUUAUCAUCGGGCGAGAUGAACCAGCCGGCACGGAGAUCUUGCGCUGCGUUGUCGCCGGAGGACUUAACGGAGUCCGAAUGGUUCUAUCUGAUGUGCCUCUCAUUCUAUUUUCCUCCUGGUGUAGGGUUACCAGGAAAGGCAUAUGCAAGGAGGCAGCAUAUAUGGCUUACAGGUGCAAAUGAGGUCGACAGCGAAACCUUUUCAAGAGCCAUUCUUGCUAAGAGUGCUUGUAUACAGACUGUGCUUUGCAUUCCUCUACUUGAUGGUGUCCUUGAACUUGGCUCUACUGAAAAGUUCCAAGCAGAUUUAGGGUUAGUUCAUCAUGUAAAAACUUUCUUCAACGAUGGUCAAACCACAACCCCUACACCACCGAAACCAGCUCUCUCCGAAUACUCCACCUCAAACCCCGCCACCUCAUUGGACCAGACUCACUUCAAUUCCCCCUCCGUUUCUCCCCCAUUCUCCGCCGCAGACCCGCCGGUAAAUGCUGCCCAAGAUGACAAUGACGAAGACGAAGAACCCGAAUCUUAUUCAGCCGAAACCGGUAGAAAUAUUCUCCAAGUCCCCAUGCAAAACACUCAAACGGUAGCAGCUGUGGUGGCGUUGGAGGAGCCAAGCGAGCUAAUGCAAUUGGAAAUGCCGGAAGACAUCAAGCUAGGUUCACCAGACGACGCAUCGAAUAACAUGGAUUCAGAUUUCCGUAUGCUGGAAGUGAGUCAAAGCAGCAACCCCACCUACCUUCAGCAGCGUGCUGAGUCGAAUCGGAGGUGGCAAAUGCUACAAGAACCCUCGUGCAGUAGCCUUCAACCACCUUCAACAGGGCCCCAGCCGUUGGAUGAACUGUCACGAGAAGACACGCAGUAUUCUCAGACCGUCUCCACCAUCCUCCAAGCCCAACCGACCUGCUGGGCCGAGUCACCGUCAACCGGCUAUGACGCCACCUACUCCACUACCCAAUCAGCAUUCGCCAACUGGACAACCCGUUCGGACCACCACCUCAAUCCGGCCGUCGUCAAAGGCACUUCCCAGUGGCUCCUCAAAUACAUUCUAUUCACCGUACCAUUCCUCCACACAAAAUACCGCGAUGAGAACUCCCCCAAGUUACGCGACUCCGACGCCUCUGCCACCACUCCGUUCCGCAAGGGGACCCCUCAGGAGGAGCUCAGUGCCAACCACGUGCUGGCGGAGAGGCGGAGACGCGAGAAGCUCAACGAGCGGUUCGUCAUAUUAAGAUCGUUGGUUCCCUUUGUUACCAAAAUGGAUAAAGCUUCCAUACUCGGGGACACCAUCGAGUACGUGAAACAGUUACGUAAAAAGAUCCAAGAGCUCGAACCACGUAACAGGCAAAUGGAAGCCGACAACGAACGGUCGAGAUCAGCGGAUUCAAUACAGAGAACGAGUGGUUUGAUGGAUCAAAGAAGUGGGGUUAAAAAGAAGACGGCGACUGUGGAAGGGAGCGUCGGCAGAGCAAAGCCGAAGAAGGUGGAAACGUCGGUGGAAGUAUCUAUAAUAGAAAGCGAUGCGUUACUUGAGUUGCAGUGCGGGUAUAGGGAAGGGCUGCUGCUUGAUAUAAUGCAGAUGUUGAGGGAAAAGCUUCGGAUUGAGAUAACGGGUGUUCAGUCUUCUUUGAACAAUGGGUUGAUCGUAGCUGAGAUACGAGCCAAGGUGAAGGAUAAUAUGAAGGGGAAGAAAGUUAGCAUAAUGGAGGUGAAGAGGGCAAUAAAUACAAUUAUUGCUAUAUAAUACUAUGUGUAAUCAGAUCCGCCUAAUUGUAUUACUCACUAAUUAAAUACUUUU